CCCUGCCCAUGUUUUCUGUGUCUCAGUCCGUCAGUCUGCUGUCGUUCAAGUUCGCAAGAACGUCACGUCCGCACUUGAACUUGCAGCUCUUUGAGGGGGGUUUUGCCAUAUACCCCCUCAUCACUCUCUCCCUCUUUGCGAAAAAGUCAUGACGAGCUCCGCACGGACAGAGACGCGCGCCUUACCCGCUGCCUGAUCCACACUUCCUUGGUUUCCCCUUUCUCUUUUUCAACACCUUUUGGAUGUCACCCGCAUCAAUGAAGAUAUUUCACUUGGAGUCUUACCUUGUAGGAACGGAUUUCCCAAUGUGAACUUAGCUCAAAAGCCAGCGCUAUACAAACAUGUCUCGCCGCAAGCAAGGCAAACCCCAGCACUUGAGCACACGGGAGUUUUCGCCUGAACCGCUAUCAGGCGUCCCACCAGAUGAAGACUCGCAGGACUCCUCGAGGCUCGGAGUGGCUCAGGGUGGACCUCUCAAAGGGGACCAGGACCUGCUCACAUGCGGCCAGUGUCACUCUCGCUUCCCCCUGUCAGACAUCCUGUUGUUCAUUGAGCAUAAGAGACGCCAGUGCCACGGGAGCCUGUGUGCAGACAAACCACUGGACAGGCCGCCCUCCUCCCCCCUCGCCUCGCCCAUGUCCACGUCCUCGUCCCACUCUCGGACACAGCUGCACCCCAGGAGGCCAUGCCAUCCCGUGGAGGUGGCCGUACAAGUGUCACCACACGAUGAGGAAUGUUUAUCCGCACCAUUGCCAGGAAUAAUCCCCAAGCAAGAAAAUAUAACAGAUAAAGAUGAGCCCAGCAGUUAUACUUGCACCACAUGUAAGCAGCCCUUCACCAGUGCCUGGUUCCUGCUCCAACACGCCCAGAACACUCAUGGUUUUCGGAUCUACCUGGAGAGUGAGCCUGGCAGCCCCUUGACCCCCCGUGUGGCCACAGCUCCUGGGAUGGGUGGUGACUGCGCCUCAUCCCAGCCACCCAUGCAUGCAGUGCACUUGGCAGAAGGCAGUCCGUACAGCCUGCUGAGAAUGCCAGGAUCUGGUUCAGGACGGGACUCAGCCUCCACCCCUCGAGAGGGCCGAUAUCCCAGGACUCCACCUUUAUUCAGCCCUCCUCCUCGACAUCACCUGAGCCCUGACGACCUGGCACUGGCCACUCACCAUCCCAGCGCCUUCGACAGAGUCAUGAGGCUAAAUUCUGUGCCCCUUGAGCCUCCUCAAAGCAUGGACUUCUCCAGACGUCUCCGAGAGCUGGCUGGAAACGCAGCUGGAGCUUCCCCUCCUCUUUCUCCAAAUAGACCUAACCCUAUGCAACGCCUUUUACCUUUCCAGCCUGGCUCCAAGCCUCCAUUCUCAGCCACACCUCCUCUGUCCACCUCCCAGUCUCCUUCUGGAUCCCACUCCACUCCCAAUGCCAGCUCCAAUGCUGUUCAACCAGGUACUCCUCUAAAGGCAAAGUCUUGUGAGUUCUGUGGAAAAACUUUCAAGUUCCAGAGUAACCUAAUCGUUCACCGACGGAGCCACACUGGGGAGAAGCCCUUCAAAUGUCACUUGUGUAACCACGCCUGCACCCAAGCCAGCAAACUCAAGAGGCACAUGAAGACCCACUGCCAGAACAAGUCUCUGAUGAACGCUAAGUCUGAAGAUGGGCUCUCUGCCACUAGCUCACCUGAGCCCGGCACCAGCGACAUCAUGAACAGUGCUACAGAUGCACUCAAGUCUGUGGUGGCCAAGUUCAAGAAUGAGAACAACGGUCUGAUGGCAGAGAAUGGAGAGGAAGAUGAGGAGGAGGAAGAGGAGGAAGAGGAGGAGGAAGAGGAGGAAGAAGAGGAGGAAGAAGAGGAGGAGGAAGAAGAGCUGGAGGAUGAGAUGGAGAGUAAGCCCCAUGUCGCUGACGGCGAUGACAGAAGCGACUAUCGGUUCAGCCUGAGACUGGAGGGGGCGCGGCACCAUCAAAACAGUGAUGCUCUGCACCCCCACCGCAGGAACUCAUCACGCGACCCAGGAGAUGAGGACUCAGCCAUGGAGUCUGACCGGGCCGAGGAUGGAGCCACUACUCCUAUGAAUGGACUCGGGCCCAUAACAGUUGACAGCAUCUCACGUAAAUUGUUAGGAGGCGUGAGUCCAGGCUCUCUCAGUCCUCUGUCAAAACGCAUCAAAGUGGAGAAAGACAUUGACCCGCCUACCCCCACCAUCCCGAACACUGAGAAUGUCUAUUCUCAGUGGUUAGCGGGGUAUGCAGCCUCCAGACAACUCAAAGACCCUUUCCUCAACUUUUCAGGUGGGGACUCAAGACAAUCGCCUUUCGCCUCUUCUUCAGAGCACUCAUCAGAGAAUGGCAGUCUGCGGUUCUCUACUCCCCCUGGUGAGCUGGACGGAGAGCGUGCUGCUUCAGGACGCAGUGGCACAGGGAGUGGGGCCAGCACACCUCACGGGGGUAGUGGAAACGGUCGGCCCAGCUCUAAAGAUGGCCGCCGCAGUGACACUUGUGAAUUUUGUGGCAAAGUGUUUAAAAACUGCAGUAACUUGACAGUUCACAGACGCAGUCACACAGGAGAGCGGCCGUACAAGUGUGAGCUGUGUAGUUAUGCCUGUGCUCAGAGCUCCAAGCUCACACGCCACAUGAAAACCCACGGACAGAUGGGUAAGGAUGUGUACAAAUGUGAAAUCUGCCACAUGCCUUUCAGUGUCUACAGCACUCUGGAGAAACACAUGAAGAAGUGGCACAGCGACCGGCCUCUGGCUAAUGACAUUAAGACUGAGUAGACAAAGACUCUGGGCUAACAGUGACCCUCGCUAGCUAGCCACUACGUGAGGGGAGAGGACGACAGGGUUGGACACAUACUGCCCUGUUUACGUCCCCGAUUGGACAAGCUGAAUGCAUGAUCCAAGAAUGGGGCAAUACGCAUCAAAACUUUUUGAGCCUUUCUAUUGUGCAAUAAUUUACAUGUUUUGUAUUUUUUGUAACUGGACAGCAUGCUCAGUGUGUUUUGGCUACUUAGAGAGAAAUUGUCCUUGGCUGGUGGGUUUGGUUGUGUUAGUGUAGCUGUUGAUUCUUUUGUUUUCCUUGACAAAAACUUAGUUAUGAGAACCCAUGCUGCAUACAGUGCAUACUGUUUUACAUAUCAUGUACAGUUUUGUGUUUUACAUAGUGGACAGUGUCAAGUUAUCAAAACAUCAAAAAGCAGGGUCACACUAAAAUGUUCUUUGUAAAAGAUUUUCAAUGCAAGAUUGAGAUAUAUAUACCUUUAUAUGAAAUUGGGCCGCCUAUUAGUUGCUAGGCACUAGCGCCAUAAAAUACUUUUUUCUUCAAACUACAAUGAGAUGAACAAUAUGGUGUGAAAUGACAACUGAGAGUGCCUUUACCUGAAUUAGCUAGCCCUCCUUUUGCUAUAAGCUCGGAGUUUCUGCUAUGAAUACAGGCCACUUUGUACAUGUGAAAAGCAGGUCCUUGCAUCAAGCACCUGUCCGUCAUGCAGCGUCUGAGCAGAACAACAGAACCAGCUCGAGUGAUUUCUCUUUUCUCUGUUGAAUCAUCAUCUGCCUGACUUAUGUUGCUCCUCUUUAUGUUUCAUGGCAUGUUACAUGCUUAAAGUGGGAAUUUUUGUUAACUUUUCAUCAAGGUUUUAUUUUGGUGUACCGUUCCUGAAGGGUACUCAAUUAACAAGUCAUUGAACCAACAUAAAGCUCUUAAUUUUUCGCUUUGAAAAUUAAAGUUUUGUUUUGUAUUAGCUCUGUAUAAUGUUUGUGUGUCACCCGUCAGCAUUGGUGCAGCAGUCACUUGAAGACCACACAGUGGGUUGUAGUUGCUCUAAGCUAGACCGUUUCUUUGGGGGUGGGCUAUGGGGUUGAGGGUCAGGGUCGUGGGUGGUGUGGGAUGACCAGGUGUCUUUACAAUUCAAUUGUUAUAUCCUUAUAGCGCUUACUUUAACUGCAUUAGUGUUAGGAACUUUAAAUAACUCCUAUACUGAAUCCUAUUGGAAAUAAUCUUUAACAAAAAUCCACAUCAAAUGUCAAAAGGUUUAGCUUGAAACUUUCAUCCAUUCAUUUGUGUUUGAGCAGCAAAGCUCUAGUCGUCAUGUUGUUAGUGAAUCUCCAUCCCUGUCAUUACUAAAGAUAGCACUUGUGACUCUGCCUGUCUCUGUAUCUGUCUCUCUAAUCGGAGGUACAGCCGGUCGAGUAUAAAUGAACACCAGGUUUACAUCUGGUAUUAAAUACGUGCACUGUUUAAUUUUCCCAGUUUACAGUCGGACGCUCAAGGGAAAACCUGCUCUUAUGCUGACAGAUUAGUGUGGUGUCAUUUCUUUUACAUUAAAAAGACAAAAAAAUUCUAAAGUAAGACUUGAAACUAUUGCCAGCCAUGUUUGUCUUGAGCCAACCCCAACUUGGCUUCUGAUGGUAUAAUGCAGGAACGCCAUAAAAAUAUCCUGCUUCAUAGACAUCAAACUGCUCAGUAACAAAUUGACUUUAUAUAGGUACUUUUUGUUGUGGAUUUGAACACUUCUGUUUUAGGGGAGAUCAUUAUUUAAGUUUUUUAUUGUUAAGUGCUGUUUCUCUUGUCUUGGUGAUGGCCUUGACUUUUUCACAUUGUAAUGAAUUGUAAUGAACAUGUCUCAUCUUUAUUUGCCUUUACUAUACACUUGUCUUCAGGUUGAACAUAAAAUUUGAAUUUGGAAGAGAUUUAUGAUAUAUAAAUAUAUAGAGAGAACUUAAAGGCGUAGGAAACUGCACACGUUUGUCUGUUCCUAUGCUCCAUCACAUUUAUGGUCUACCUUCUGUAUUUAGAAUGGUAUUUGAAAUUAAUGUUCACUAGUGUAGGCACUUAUAGUAUUUAUGUUGGAGCCUGUAUUUUUUACUGUUUGCCUGUACUCUUUCAAGGUUUCAAUGUAUCCUUUUUUCUGUAGUGAAAAAAAUCCCAACAAGCUGCCACCGUAUAUUUUCUUAAUUUGGCAGGAUAAUAUAGUGUGAAUACUUUGUAUGCUUGAAAAUACGUAUGUUUUUGAAAAUAAAUUGUGGUGAUCUCCAGGGGUGAGAGGUCAUAUGAUGGCCUCCUCAGGCAGUCCCGCUGGAGUGACCACACCAGGUGAAAACAGGUGGUUGUACAUAUCUUUUAGUUUGUUUUAUAUAUAUUUUUCUCUCCUGCCAUUUUAUAUGCAGUAUCACAAGCUAUUGUUGGGUUUUCUUAGUAGCCAACUUUGUACUGUCCACCUAAAACAUUCCAGCCGUUCAGACAAAAAAACUUUUGUCAUAUGCAAUCGAUUCACCUUCAAUUUAAAAUGGUUUGAUUUUAGUUUACGUUGUAUUUGUUUGCCAAACAAACCAAGGUGCUUUGUAAUUUACUGAUGGUACAUCUCAUAUGCAAGGCAUAUUCUGAACAAGCAAAGAUAUUUGGUACUUGGAGUCAUUGCAGAUUAUUUUGAGGUACAUUGUUUCAUCCUGUGAUCUGUUUGUCCUGAACUUGAAGUUGACUGGUCAUUGGUCGACAUUAUUUAUUAUAACACACACUUACACACACACGGUCCUCUGUUGUGAACGGAGCACUGCUGAACCAGACCACUCCCUCUGUCACUCAGAUGGCUUCAUUCUGUUUGAUGACCAAAGGUCAUUGACCAAUCUUAAUGAGUUGUUGCUUGACUUUUUAAUGUUGUUAUUUUCCGUUAUGGAGAUACCACUCUAUUUUCAGCUCUUGUCUGCAUUAUUCUGUCACUCAGCCAUUUUGUCUCAAAAAUAAAGAAGUAUUACACACAUA